AGUUUAAAUUUCCCUCUAGUGCUCCCCCCACUGCCCCCCUUUCUUUCUUGUGUUCCCACUCUUUUUUCAACUAUAAAAACCCACAAAAACCCAUCUCUUCCUCACACAAUCCACUUACUGAAGUACUAGAACAAGAAAACCCUCAAAAAACAUGAAGUGCAUUUGGGUUGUGGCUUUUGCUCUGUUUGUGGGCAUUGCCUGCUUCAAUGGGGUAGCAAAUGGGGCUGGUGAGUGCGGAAAAUCUUCUCCGGAUAGCGAAGCCAUGAAAUUGGCACCUUGCGCAUCGGCAGCGACCGACGACUCGGCCACUCCGUCGAGUGGCUGCUGCGCUCAAGUGAAGAAGAUGGGGCAGAAUCCUAGUUGCCUCUGUGCUGUUAUGCUUUCAAAUACUGCCAAAAUGUCUGGAAUUAAGCCUGAAACUGCCAUAACUAUUCCCAAGCGUUGCAACAUUGCUGAUCGUCCCAUUGGGUACAAGUGUGGAGGUUAUACCUUACCUUGAAGAUUGAAGACCACACAAGGGAUGCCCUCCUGGAUAUGACCCAAACCACCAACUUGUGCUAUGUGUAUUUCUCUAGCUAGAGUUGUAUCAGUACUCUAGCUAGUUAGUUCUUGUAGUAUCUAAGAAAUAAGGUUUUCUGUCAUAUUCAAAGUUAUGCUGUUUCGCAUAAAUUUGUGUUCUUAUGCUGUUUCGCUUGUAAAAGGGUGUUAACUCCUUGAUUGCCAGUCCUGCAAAAUUGAAAUA